UAUGUUCGCAUUGAAAGUUUUUAUCUUUGUGGCACUCUUCGCUGUGGCAUAUUGUGCACCUAGUCCUGGCUUCUUUGGCAAACAUGAGCAUCACACAAUCCAUGUACCAUACAAGGUGCACACUGUACACCAUCAUCAUGUCCAGAAGAUUGCGGUGCCGGUGGUAAAGCAUGUGCCCGUCUACAAGGAGGUGCAUGUGCCUGUCUAUAAGGAGGUGCCUGUCCAUCAUGUCCAUCACGAGGAGAUUGUGCCGGUGCAUGUGCAUGAGGAUCAUCAUGAUUAUCAUCAUCAUGAUUUCCACAAGGGCUGGUCCUCCUCUCUCUCCCAUGGUUGGUAAAUUUGCAAGGAACCUCACCCUGCCCAGCAGCUACAAUUCGUUUUGUUUUUUGUUGUAAAUACUGUACAAUGUUUAAGUUUAAAAGUGUUUGUAAAUA